ACGUUGGACUACAAGAAGAAUUGUGUUCCAGACCAAUUAAAAGCUAAAGGAUGUGAUGAACAACUUCUUCAGAAUUAUGUUGCAAAGAUACAGCGUGAAAUAACAAACCAAUGUGCAGCAUCGAACUCGAUCUGUACCGUUUGCCCUCAAGGAUUACUAGACAGUGCAAAGAGUACCUGCUACAACAAUUACAAAAAUGAUCAAACUGCAUCCCAACUGCAUUGUUGUAUGAUCGAAUACAGCAGGACUUGUGUUCCGGAAAUACUCGCAAGACAAGGAUGCGAUGUGACGGUUCUUCUUGAGCGGUUCUUCAAGGACAUCAACGCUGAUUGUGGAACAUCGAAGCCAGUCUGCUUGGAGUGCAAUCAGAAAGCAAUAUCCGAUGCGGAAGAUGUGUGCUUGAGGAAAUACGUACAGGAACACGGCAUCAUUUCUAGAGGCCUGUUGUCCAGCAAUGAAAAACGACUGUGCUGCAUGUUGGACUACAAGAAGAGUUGUGUUCCAGACCAAUUAAAACCAAAAGGCUGUGGUGAACAACUUCUUCAAAAUUAUGUUGUCAAGGUACAGAGUGAAAUGAGAUACCAAUGUGCAUCAUCGAGCUCGAUGUGUACCGUUUGCCCACAAGGAUUAUUAGACAGUGCAAAGAGUACCUGCUACAACAAUUAUCAAAACAAUCAAACUGCAUCCAAACUCCAUUGUUGUGUGAUCGAAUACAGCAGGACUUGUGUUCCGGAAAUACUCGCAAGACCAGGAUGCGAUGAAACGUUUCUUCUUGACCAGUUCUUUAAGGACAUCAACGCCGACUGUGGAACAUCGAAGCCAGUCUGCUUGGCGUGCAAUCAAAAAGCAAUAUCAGAUGCGGAAGAUGUGUGCUUGAGGAAAUACGAACAGGAACACGGAAUCAUUUCUAGAGGCCUGAUGUCCGGCAACGACAAACGACUGUGCUGCAUGUUGGACUACAAGAAGAAUUGUGUUCCAGGCCAAUUAAAACCAAAAGGUUGUGGUGAACAACUUCUUCAAAAUUAUGUUGCAAAGAUGCAGAGUGAAAUGAGAUACAAAUGUGCAGCAUCGAACUCGAUGUGUACCGUUUGCCCACAAGGAUUAUUAGACAGUGCAAAGAGUACCUGCUACAACAAUUAUCAAAACGAUCAAACUGCAUCCAAACUCCAUUGUUGUGUGAUCGAAUACAGCAGGACUUGUGUUCCGGAAAUACUCGAAAGACAAAGAUGUGACGAGACGUUUCUUCUUGAGCAUUUCUUUAAGGACAUCAACGCCGACUGUGGAACAUCGAAGCCAGUCUGCUUGGAGUGCAAUCAAAAAGCAAUAUCAGAUGCGGAACAUGUGUGCUUGAUGAAAUACGAACAGGAACACGGCAUCAUUUCUAGAGGCCUGAUGUCCGGCAACGACAAACGACUGUGCUGCAUGUUGGACUACAAGAAGAAUUGUGUUCCAGACCAAUUAAAACCAAAAGGCUGUGGUGAACAACUUCUUCAAAAUUAUGUUGCGAAGAUGCAGAGCGAAAUGAGAUACCAAUGUGCAGCAUCGAACUCGAUGUGUACCGUUUGCCCACAAGGAUUAUUAGACAGUGCAAAGAGUACCUGCUACAACAAUUAUGAAAACGACCAAACUGCGUCUAAACUCCAUUGUUGUGUGAUCGAAUACAGCAGGACUUGUGUUCCGGCAAUACUCGCAAGACCAGGAUGCGAUGAAACGUUUCUGCUUGACCAGUUCUUUAAGGACAUCAACGCCGACUGUGGAACAUUGAAGCCAGUCUGCUUGGAGUGCAAUCAAAAAGCAAUAUCAGAUGCGGAAGAUGUGUGCUUGAGGAAAUACGAACAGGAACACGGCAUCAUUUCUAGAGGCCUGAUGUCCGGCAACGACAAACGACUGUGCUGCAUGUUGGACUACAAGAAGAAUUGUGUUCCAGACCAAUUAAAACCAAAAGGUUGUGGUGAACAACUUCUUCAAAAUUAUGUUGCAAAGAUGCAGAGUGAAAUGAGAUACCAAUGUGCAGCAUCGAACUCGAUGUGUACCGUUUGCCCACAAGGAUUAUUAGACAGUGCAAAGAGUACCUGCUACAACAAUUACCAAAAUGAUCAAACUGCAUCCAAACUCCAUUGUUGUGUGAUCGAAUACAGCAGGACUUGUGUUCCGGAAAUACUCGAAAGACAAAGAUGCGACGAGACGUUUCUUCUUGAGCAUUUCUUUAAGGACAUCAACGCCGACUGUGGAACAUCGAAGCCAGUCUGCUUGGAGUGCAAUCAAAAAGCAAUAUCAAAUGCGGAAGAUGUGUGCUUGAGGAAAUACGAACAGGAACACGGCAUCAUUUCUAGAGGCCUGAUGUCCGGCAACGACAAACGACUGUGCUGCAUGUUGGACUACAAGAAGAAUUGUGUUCCAGACCAAUUAAAACCAAAAGGCUGUGGUGAACAACUUCUUCAAAAUUAUGUUGCAAAGAUGCAGAGUGAAAUGAGAUACCAAUGUGCAGCAUCGAACUCGAUGUGUGCCAUCUGUCCUACAGGGUUACUAGACAGUGCGAAGAAUACGUGCAACAACAAUUAUCAGAAGUUGCAAGACGCAUCCAAACUGAAUUGUUGUGUUAUGGAAUACAGCAAGACUUGUGUUCCGGAAAUACUCGAAAGACAAAUAUGCGAUGAGACGUUUCUUCUUGAGCGGUUCUUCAAGGACAUCAACGCUGACUGUGGAACAUCGAAGCCAGUCUGCGACGUUGCAUCAAAGUGCCCGAACAAAACGUUAUCACUUGCACAGACUGUCUGCGAAGAAAGCUUUAUGAGGGAACACGGCCUCGUCCUUCCCCCCGAAUAUGUGAACAAAGAGGCGAACAAAUGGUACUGCUGUAUGAUGCAGUACAGCCAGAAUUGUCUUCAGGACACGCUGAAACAACAAGGAUGCGAUUCCGAAGACUUUUUGCAGGGGUUCACUCGGAAAGUUGAGACUCAAUGUGGAACGUCCAAGUCGUUCUGCUCUGCUCAGUGUAAUAACAACACGUUAUCCCAUGCCCAGUUUGCGUGCAGCGAGAGAUAUAUGCAGAUCCAUGUGCUGAAUCCUGAAAAACCGGGACAAUUGAGCCCGGAUGCUCAGAAACGUUACUGCUGUAUGAUGGAAUACAGCAAGACUUGUCUACCGGAACUACUCGAACAACAAGGAUGUGACGACACAGGUUUUGUUCAGCUCUUCAUCCAACGAAUAAAUAGAAAAUGUGGAACAUUUAAAUUGGACUGCGUCCCUGUACCGAAGUGCGACCCAAAAGCAGUAUCCAAUGCCGAGAAUGAUUGCGCCACAAAAUACAAGCAAUUGUACGGCCUUACUACGCGAAAACCUGAUGAGAAGCAAAAGCCGGCAGGUCUGAGCCCCGAGAUUGACAAGCAGCGGUGCUGUUCCAUGGAAUACAGCAAGAAUUGCGUUACGGAAGUACUAAAGGACAAACGAUGCGGUGAUGAAUUCAGCGCAUCUUUUCUUGAGCAGAAAAAGAAGAUAAUGGCAAAUCUGUGUGGUACGUCGAAAUUGGACUGUCAAUUCGACAAAAGCAAGAGUGCUGGGUGCAUGAAGUAUCCAGCAUGGACUCUGGCAGCAGCCGUCAUUGUGGCUUCAGUGAUGAAGGUAGUGUGACGUCAGUUGUAGUGAGAAAAGGGAUCUACUGGUUUCCAUUUCGC